GAGUGGGGAAUUCCCUUUCAGGUUUUGGAUCUUUUCUUACUCGCUACUACACAGAUAGUACUCUGCAUCUCAAACAUCCAUCGCAAUCCGAUAUAACACCGCAUCAACCUCGCAUCGCAGCGCCCUCUCCGUCUCCCACGACUCGACACUACCAUGUCAGGUACUAACACCUCCUCCAUGAUGAUUCCGAGUCCAUCAACCAUACACAUACAGUAAUACCAAGUAUCGACCCAGUCACUCAGUCAGUCGUAUCCACAGAUUCCUCCACAACUUUAACUCCCACAUUGGAAAAAUCUGACUUGUCGUCCUUCAGUUUCAUCCCAUCCCCGUCCAUCCAUGAGCCAACUUGAAAGCUCAUCAACACCCAUCAAAGUUAACAGUAAAACAAAACCAAGAAAUAUUGCGAAAACGAGGGGAGAUACGCGAAACAAAAAUGACAAUGAACUCCUGCACCGACGGAAUAAAAUCGACAUGAGAGAAACGAAACGCAAGUCAAGCAAUCAAGCCAGAAACGAGAAUCUCCAUCGUACAAAACCGGCACAGCGAGCCUGGGACUUUUCCAACACCGCGAACCUAGCUAGCCCUGCUCCUUCCCUGAAAAAGGGUAAUACGGGCGGAUUUCGUGUGUUGCCUGCCCGGCUAUCACCCCAGAGCGGAGACCAACAACAUAUCAGCACAGCGUGACACCCCCCCAUUGCGGCUUUUCCCAUCUUCUCUUUGACGGUGCAGACUCUGGGCAAGACUGUAAUAGCCUGGUUCGGUGUUGGAUCUUGUUUCGCGAUGGCUUUCUCAAACAAAAUGCAAGUAGUAGUAUAACGGAGC